UUCGGUGCUCAUUCAACGAGCGACGAUUGCCCGCGCGCCGGUCUCGCACGCUCUCUCGUCGAUAACACGUAACUCAGUAAUGUCCUGUGACAGAAUAAACCCCUAGUGACUUGUGUUUCGAGUGUUUUGUGAAUUAUCGUCGCGAAAAUUUCGAUCGGAAAAUUAUUCACAUGAAUAUGGACUUGGCUAAAGGAGCUACAUCAAUGCGUUGUUCAUGGAUGUCUUUUUAACUGGUUUUCCCAAAAGGCUAUUGGUGGCUGUAUCCGUAGUUGUAAUCAUAGCCAUGUGUAUAACGCCGACUGAAAGUGCCAGCCUGCCUCACAAGAAACGCCAUCAAAGACAGUCAGAAACCAUGGCGCAACUUACCAAAGAUAUGUCAGCAACGCUGAAACGACCAAAAAACCUCAGUGUAGAGAAUUAUAAGAUCGCGACUAGAAAAAUCAAACACAAGUUAAGGAACACGAAAAGGUUCUUCGAUCAAGAUAAAAAAGUAUUGAACGAAACGAAAGAGUAUCGGGACGGGAUGCCGUCUUGGCUGCCAGCAGUUAACUUCGUGGACAUACACUUCCACGAGUACAGGUCGUCGAGGAAAUUGGGGAAAUCGAUUUCAGAACGAAAGUUUACAUAUCUGAUGCCGAAGCUAUACAAGUCGUUGCGAGAAUACGAAGUGAUCUUCAAAAGGCUACGCAACGUACAAGUCGACCUAUCCGACGACCCGUUCAACACCUACGUCGCAACCAGAGAAAAACUGUUAGCCGACACGUUAGACCGGCUUUACAGCACCAUCGCUGAAAUAACUGAGAACAUGGUGGCAGUCAACAUGCCCGUGCCGGCGUUCGACAAGGGCAAGAUGAAAUUGGACUCGCUGGCCAUGAAAGUGGACGCUACGCAGUGUCUCAAAAACGACUACAUUGCGUUCAGAGGUUACGGCAACUUACUCAAUAAUUGGUAUUCAGAAUUCAAAUGCCCACUCAACAAGAAAGACAGGAAAUGCGCAGAUUUCCACGCGAAGCUGAGAGAAAAGAGCAAUAAGCGGCCGAAGAAUAAAAAGUCGAGUCAAGGAUAGGCUUUUUGUAUUAAUUGUUUGUGAUGUAUUGUCGCUUGUACUUAUUUAUUGUUAGAUGUAAGUGUUCGCUCUCUGACGUGUUAUACUGAGUUGCUCGACGAAACGUUUUGUUGAUUAAGUAAUGGGUACUCGCUCUGUGAUAUUUAGUAUUCUCUAGUUAGUGAUUUUAAUUUAUUGAACUAGUACUUAAGUAUAAUUAAGUUCCUCUGUUUCUGUGUACCUAUCUGUCGUGUAAAAAUCUCUGUCCUUAUUUAUUUUGUUUUCUAUUUCGAAUUUGCUGUGAAAUUAUCUUGAGAAGUAUUAAACUUAUCCUAUGAAUAAAUCUCCACUAGUAUUACUAGCCGGCAAUUGCCGUUUUAGAAAAGAAAGACUUUUAGUGUAUUUAUUAAGUGCUUAUUUAUGUUUAUUUAAACGUACUUAUAAACGUGCCGUUAGUUUUAACAUCAAUGAACUGAUACCAUGUGAGUUAUGACAAUGUAAAUAUAUUUUUAUAAUAUUGAUAUUUCGGUAUUACAUCUGAAAAUUGAUUGCAAUGAAAUAAAUUCACUGAUUAUGAUA